UCUAUGUAGUCUGAGUCUAUUGACAUUUAAUCCAUUAGUCGGCUGCUGCGCUACUUGCCUUGAGUAUUGUUUAGUUUGUCGUUUCCACAACAUCAAUGGUACCAUUUUGAGAAUAAUUACGUGUGUUAGAUUGUUUACUUUGAUUGUGGUUUUCAGUUUUAUAAUUUUUUACUGCAAUUACUAGGUUUAAGCUCAUGAAAUGAGAAAAACUGAGAUUUCUAUAUGACAUACAAAAUGUUCAAUUGAGCUCAACCAUAAUUUUAACACCUGUUAAUUACAGCUUUUAGAGUGAGAUAUCGGAAUGUGUUAUUUGCAUAAGUGUAGUGAUGGUGUUUGGAAUGGCUAGUGAAAAGUGAAGUGCAGUGGUUAUUAUCCUCAAUUAGACGUCAUGCCACAAUUACAAGACAGUCCUCUUCUUUCACUAUCCCAGAAAUGCGUGGCACGAGCUCUCUACGACAACAUCGCAGAGUCGCCGGACGAGUUGGCAUUCCGGAGGGGCGACCUCCUAACCGUCCUGGAACAGAAUACUUCAGGGAUAGAAGGAUGGUGGUUGUGCGCGCUUAGAGGGCGCCAGGGUAUCUGCCCUGGGAACCGACUCAGAUUGGUAGCCGGAGUGUUCGAGCCGCAGCAACACGACCUCAGCACACUGCAACGUCAGGGCAAGCGGCGCAGCUGGCACGUGCAACCCAACAAGGUGCUGACACCCCAGAAGUUCGGAGAUGUAUACCUGUAUGACUUGCCGGCUAAUCGUCAGUCGCAGUCUCCAGUGGGACAGCCUCGCUACGAUGUGCCUCCCACUACUCACAACCUCGUCGUGGACAACCAGGGGAGGUUCUCUCGGACAGACAGCCGUGGUAGUGACUGCUAUGAUGUCCCACCUCAACCCACUCCUGUGAUAGUCAGUUACGAUUGCCCACCUACAGCCCGCUCCACGCCCUCCGCCGAAAGCUACGAUGUGCCCCGACCUCUCGGUCCUACCCCUCUCACCCCCAGCUCCUCUUUGUCUUCCCUUACCACCGACUCGCUAUCUGCAGGCUCCAACAGGUCCAGUCUAGCCCAGGAGUAUGAUGUUCCGAGGCCACGGCCUGGCCCUCUGGCCCAGCUUCAGCAACAGGUGUACGAUGUCCCCCCACCGAACCCUGUACCUCGAGAACUGCCCCUGGAACUGAGCUCUGCACUAGACUCACUGGCAAGGCUGGAGAGUGAGGCGACAGCAGCAGUUUCACGUCUUCUGGGGUUCGUCGGGCCAGCAUGGCGUCGGCGAGACAACCUGGAGCCACGUUUGUUGGAUAUCAAACUGGCAGUGGUGCGGCUGCGGGCGUCUCUACACGACUUAGCAGAGUUCACUGAGGGUGCACUUGGCAAUGCUGCCAAGGCUCCUGACAAAGGGCUGGCGGUGAAGCUAAGGCCGCUGGUGAAGGCACUGAGACAGGCAGACAGCUUGGUGUAUGAGGCCAGUCACACACUAGACUGCAGACAGUGGGCACUAGACGCAUUGUGUUGUGAUGAGGACAUGACUGCAGUCUCUCCGGACGCCCUGGACCAGCUGGUGGCCUGCGCCAGAGCUCUCACGGACGAUGUGAGGCAGACUGCUUCCUUCAUCCAGGGAAACUCUACACUACUGUUCAAACGUGGGGUGUCGCCAAGCAAUAGUGGGGAGUGGAUGGAAGACUACGACUACGUCAACUUAGAGAGUAAAGAAUCAGUUGCACGGCAACACGCAGAGAUACGUGAAGCACUGCCUGCUGAGCUGCGCAAGUCCUACGACGCUCUAGUACACGAGGCAGAGAAAAUGGCAAUCACCAACGACAAAAAACUAGACGAAGGAAUGGAUCCUUCCGAUAUCCAGGUAUUGUCGUUCUACUCAGCGCAGUGCACAACGCAUGCACUACACCUGACACACGCGAUCGACGCUUUCCUGCAGACAGUGGAGCACAACCAGCCGCCCAAGGUGUUUUUGGCACAUGGCAAGUUUGUGGUCCUGAGCGCUCACAAGCUUGUUCACAUCGGAGACACAGUUCAUCGCAACGUGAGCUGUGCCGACGUGCGCACACGGGUACUUGCCUGCGCCAACUCACUGAGCGAAGCUCUGGCCACCACUGUCCACAAGACCAAACGUGCAGCGCAGCAGUUUCCCAGUGUUACUGCAGUGCAAGAGAUGGUGGACUCGGUGGUUGACAUAUCGCAUCUUGCCCGUGACUUGAAGAUGAGUUUGAAAAUUGCAACACAGUAAGAUUCCAUUUCUGAGGUAACAACUUGGAAGUAAUAACAAGAUGAACAAUUUAUUGAAUUUCCCAAAAAAUGUGAACUACUUAAACAAUGGAUGCAGCUAUCUGAAGACUACAGCAGCUUUAAGUGUACUACAAUAGUCAUAACAACAGCUUUUCAAAUUUAGAUUUUUGUCAAAUCCUCAUUGUGGCAUCUCAUGGCACUGCAACUGGUUUUAUUAACUUGGGUAUUUUUUUAUAAAAUAACUUGUGAUAUGUAUUUAUAAGGUUGUCUUUAUAUACAUAAAGCAUUUAUGUUUAGGAAUAUUGUUUUUUGUAAUCGUUUAUUAUUUAAUAAUUAUAUUUUUUAAAUUAAAUGUUUUCUAUUGUAAAUUUGUAAUUAAAAAAGACUUUUUUUAGGCGACAUUAGAUGGUCUGCACUAAUUGUAUAAAAUAAACUCCAUAAACCCAUUAUUACAAAAUUAAAAUUAUCAACAUAUUUUAGCAAAAAAUACACAUAGUAAAAAUAUAAGUUCUUCUUCUUUAAUUUAUCCAGUACUCCUGCUUUGUAUUUAUAUAAUGUCUUAGACCUUUCUUGCAUAAGUUACAUGAGACAAGUGUAUUGAUUUCAACAGAAUUGUUACUUUGUUGGAAAAUAGCUUAUAUUGGCUUUAAAAUUAUGAUAUUACACAUCAGAAUCAAAUUGUUUCUUAUAUUGUACAUAUUAGUCUCAAUGAGCCUUUAAGCAAAAGUUUGUAGUAUUUACUUAGUUCUAUAUUUCAAAGACUGCCGUUUAAAAUGUUAUUGGAAUUUAUUAUAUUGUAAUCUGCUAAAUGAUGUAUGAAGGAAUCUGGACCUGUUUUGGAUGUAUACUUGAUAUGACUAAAAUUUUCUUUUUUUUAGAACAACUUUUCUAAGCUUCUGGAUACAUGCAGCAGUAUAUCUCCAUUUAAUGGUUACAAAACUUUACGAUUCCUGUUUAAAUAUAUGAAAUGGACUUAUUAAAUAACAUAGUCAUUAAAAUAUCAUUCAAGUAUUUCUUAAAUAAAUUAUGAUAAAUAAAAAAAUCUUGAUAAUCAUAUAAAAGUUUCUAGUAAAACGAUUCUAUGAUCUAUGAUUCUUCAUGUAAAAGUCACAUUUAACGAAAUCCACUGAAAGAUGAACAUCGAUUUAAUAGAUAAAAUAGGUCUUGAAGUAAAUUGGUGACACGAUUUCAAAAACCAGAUUUAGAAACUUUUCUGAAUUUGUGGGCUUAACACAAUUUUUAAACAUAUUUAUGUACGAGUAUUUUGCAUAUUUCUGUAUCCCUGUACAUGGUGCAUUUGUGUGUAACCUUCCAUGCCCAAUCAUAUUUCCUUUAUUUAGUGAUCUCUCAGUUUACUGUGGCAUUUCUUCACUCCCUUGUCAACACAUCUACCAGUUGGUGUCCAAGUGUUCUCUUUGGUCCAUGAUUAGUAAUCCACUAUAUACUAUACAAAGUACAAUUGCGAUUCAGUUAUAACACAAAUACACAAAUGAUGUCCCAUUAUAACUUUUACUCAAACUGAGUAAAAUGAGAGAUGAUUCCUCGCCUUUACAGCAGAAGUGAACUCUAGCUGUUAAAUAAAUUUGGUGGUCCUGCAGUCUAAAAUACCUAAUACAUCUAACAACAAGUUAAUAAAUAGUAAUCAUCAAUUACCUACUUGCUGUAGAAUGUGCAGUAAAAAUGCCUAAGGGAUGGUUAUUGAAAUACGAAGAUUGAAUGUUAUAUAGUCAUUACAAUUACAAUUAGUAUUUACAUUAACAAUGAUAAUUUAAUAUUAACAUUCAUUUUUCUUAUAGCAAGUGUUUGGUAUUGAACGUCAAUACAACUUCACUAAUAAAAUGUAACAUAUUAUGUAGUUGUAUUUUAUAGUGUUAUAAUCCUGAUCCUUACAAUGUAUAUACAUGUAUAUCCUAUAUAUAGGGUGUAAAUUAAGUCCUGAUACACCUGGAUAUAUUCCAAGCAGAUUGAGAUAAUGAUGUACACCCUUCACCAUAUUUAUUAAAAUACUUUUUUUGGAUUUAGUGGAGGAUAAAAAAAAUUCCCCCCUCCCUUUGGGCUUAUUUGGCCGUAACUUUUGGUAGGAACGUUGUUGAGAUGUUCUAUUCAUGUCGUUGUGUUUCUAUUGAACAUACCUUUAAAACAUGCAAGAUAAGGGUUGCAAUUUGAAAAUUUAUUGUUACCCCUUCUACCCUUCUUUGAAAAGAGAGGGAGGAAAUUUUUGUAUCCUCAACAAAAUCCCAAAAAGUAUAUUAAUACGUAUAGUGAUGCUUGCACAUCGAUAUCUCAAUCCGUUUGAAAUAUAUCCAGGCGUGCCAGGCCUUAAUUUACAUCCUUUUUGUAUACAUAUAAUAAGGAUCAUGAGUUCCAUUAAUAUUUUAUAAAUAUUAAUCAUAUCGGUUGUUCCAUAUUGUCUUUUGCCUAAUUGUGAAUACUUAAAAAAUUUAUUUAUUAAAUAAACAAAUUGACAAGGUUGUAUAGGUUAUAUAUUUUUUAUUGUUGAAAAACACUACAAUAAUUCUUAAAGAAACAUUUUUAUGAGUGCAUUUCAAUUUCAGUUAUUGUCUGUUCUUUUAGGUGCAAGACUUUGUUUGACAUAAGACAUAAUUUCAAUUAUCAUUCAAAAUUGAUAUUAAUUUGGAACCUUUAUUAGUACAAAUUGAGACAAGUUAGUUCAAUGUGUAUUAUCUGUAACAUUUUUGGAACUAAAUUAAAUUGCACAAAUUAAAAAAGGUUAUUUCAAACUUAUGUACAUUAUUGUGUUGUAAGUGAAUUAGCACCAUCAGGCUAAUUAUGGAUGGACCUUACUACUUCAGACAGUAAAACACUAUCUUUGAUGAAAAUAACAUCACAAAACAAACAAAAACAUAACUUCAAGCUAAAUCAAAGUAAACAAAUAAGUUACAUGUUGUUUUUGAAUUUUCAAAAUAUUUUAUAAUAGUGUAAGCAUACUUAGUUAUGCAAGAAUUAAUCAAGUGUAACUUUAAAUUUAGAUCCUAUGGCUGAUAUAUUGAGUUAAGUAGACACAUUUGCAGAAGUAGUGGUAGGUAGGAAUGUAAAGGGAGUUGCAUCAUGAGAUAAGAUGCUGCUUUGGUCACCAUGUCAUGAAACAUGUUUUACCGAUUGUGCAACAAGAUGUCAUGUUUACAACAAAGUUGUCAGAAAUUUGGUAUAAGGCAAGCCUGAUUUCAGUUCUAAAAUUAGGCAAAAAAGUGUAGGAAUAGCUGUGAAAUUGUACAAACAAGAGACACGUAUGUGUGUGCAUGAGUUAAAUUUAACGCUUACCUGCGGUUUGUGGCUUGGAUGAAGAUGGUUGUCUCUCAUCUAAUAGUCAAUUGAUUAAACCUGUAAUAAUGUGUUCAUGGUUGUGUGUUUUAUAAUUCCAGAAAAUUUGGGCUUCCACCCAGUUAUGCAAGAGGAAUUUCAUGACUUUUGACAAAUUAACGGAAAUGAAAAAGUACCUAAACCUAUUAAAUUGUUCCAAUGAAAAAUAAUAUUUAGUAUCAAUAUCACCAAGCUAUCCAGUGAGUCUAAUACCGAUUUUAUUGCACAUUGUAAACUUUUAUUUUAUUUUGUUUACUUUACAAAAAUAUGACAAUUAAUUAUUAUUUCUUGGUAGAAUGGAUGAAAUCAGGAUCAAAAUAAAAUUGUUUUGACUCCAUUUUGCACAUCCUUUCCACAUAUACCUACCUCCACUCUUGUAAUGUUGUCUACUUUGUUUAGUACACCCAUGGAGACAAAAUUCUCAUUUAUAUUUGAAUAGUAAUCAUAUUGUAAGACGCAUAACAGUAAAAGUAUUUACAUGUAAAUACAGUGCAAUAGUAUUUUAAAUACACCUUCCAAAAAUGCAGAAUUUUCUAAUAAAUUAAGUAUUGUAAAUAAUUGUUUAACUAAUUAUGGCAUUUUUGUAGUUUGAAACCAGUGACUAGUUGUAAUGUAUAUUAUGGAUUAAAAGUAAGGUAUAUAGUUAACAACAGUAAAUGUUUGUAGAUUCUAUGUAAAGCUAAGUUGCUUUUGGUAGUGUCUUGUCUUUCUGUGUGUAAUGAUUGCAGUCCAUCAUUGCUUUCUCUCUCAGCCUUUCAGUCAGGUUUGGAAAUCUGAAAUUUGUGUUCAGAAAAGCAUAAGAUAUACAAUAAUAAAAAUUUAUUUCUUUUAUUGGUUUUUCUGAUGUUUAAACUUUAUAUUUGGAUAAAAAAAACAUCAUAUUAUUAAUUUUUAUGUACAUUAAAUUUUAUAUUAUUUUUUUAAACAAACUAUUUAAAAUCCCGAUUUUAAUUACUUACUUAAAAGUUACUUUUUUAUUAGUUUAAAAAAUUAAUUACUUUUUAAAAAGGAUGAAAUUUUGCCAUUCUUGAAAUUUCUGAAUAUAUAUGCAUUUACUGGAACUUUGAUUCAGCAAGAAAGUCAGUGCUCAAAUUAUAUUACACCUUGAACUAAAACAUUAUUCAAUCCUAAAUCAUUUUUUCUAAUAGUAGGAGACCAUUUCUUAUUUGAAACUAAUGUCAGCCUUAAAUUCACAAGUGCCUUGGGAGAGCUAGUGGCUGCACAAUCUGACUUUAAGUCUUAUAGCGCAGGUUCAUUCAAGUGCUGUUUUCUUAUUAAGAGCCAACUCUAGUGAAAUAUCCUUUAGUUUUAUCCUAUAAGAACAAUGUUGAGAUGUCCCAACUUUAAAAUAUAUUUAAUAUGCACCGAAACACAUUUUUUCUGCAUAGCCAAUAAAAUAUUUGAAAAAAUAGCGUGUGAAUGCGCAUUAAUCAUAGUUUAAAAUGAGAUAUCUUGCAUAAUACCACAACUAUAACUACAGUUGAAAAUGUUUUGAUGUUUAUGACUGUUCUUAUGGGACUUGAAUCAAAAUGUCCACCAGUAUAAUUGGUUCUUUAAUGUUAGAGAGGACUUUAUAGUCCUAACUUUCUAUCUCAAUAAAAACUUUUUCAUUUCAUCCUGUCUGCACCAUGCAAUUUUUAUCAGCUCUGUUGACCUAGUAUUCACUUUUUCAUAUUCUACUAUAUAAGAAACUGUACAGGCCAGUUGCCCUGUAGACAUGCAGAAUAAAUCCACAUUGGCCUCUUAUUCUGUUAAAAGGAAAUAUUUAAAGAGUACGAUUUAAUAAUAGAUUUCCUUCCUGUGCUGUCCAUUUGGGACUUUAUCUAUUUUAUUUUACAUCUCUAAGACAUUUUCAAAAAGAAAUUUAACCGAGCAAGAUUCGUAUUAGUAAUUUGCUUAUUCUCAAAAUUAACAAAUUGUUUUGUUGGGUUUCUUGUGAAUUUUUGGUUUUAUUUUAUGAGAAAUUUAAUUUGGUGUAGCUAAAAAGUUUUCUUUGUAUUUUUUACUUCAUUCAUCAACUUUCAAAUUAAAAUAAAUUAUAUUGCAAUGUUGCGCGGCCAGUAUUCAGAAAUGUGGAUAAAAAUAUUAGUUUCAUAAUUUAUCCAUCUUUUUUAAAUAGCCUAAAUUUUGUGCAUUGAGUUUUUAUCUGGACGUAUUCCUCCAAGAUAAAUGGUGUAUUUUUAUUACCAUUCCAUGGGUUACACCAUUUAAUAAUUACUAAGCUAACAAAGAAAUAUUAAUGCAUAAUCUUACAACAAGAUGAGAAGCAUACAAUUAACAAUUUUAUAUUGAAUACAAUACGAUAAAUAACAAUAACAUAACCGACAACAAGAAUUGAAAACAAUAUUAACAAUUCAUUUUAAAAAUUAUUUGUACACUACAUUUAAAAAGGUCAACUGAAGAACAUUUGUAGGAUCUCUAAGAAUGAUUCAAAGUUUUUAAUGAUAUAAUUAGAAGGAGGCUAAUUAUAUCAUUAAAAAAGUUUUUUGACAGAAGAAGGCUUCUCAGACCUGUGUAUGUAUACAUAUUUUCUUGAUUAUGGACAAGGUAAAAUGAAGCACAGCACGAAAAAUACUGAGACCGGAGUAGUUACAGUGGCCACAAAUAUACACUUUUUGACAUCCUUUCUUGAUUGUGGCAACAAGGCAAACUUAAAAUUGACAUAGGAAUUUAAUUCACUUGAACCAGAAGUGCUCAUACACGUACAAAGCCUAAGAAAUUGCCUAUGAAACCGCAGGUAACUGCUUGUCAGAAGAUAAAGCUAUCAACUAAUAUUUGUCCAUUAUAAGUUAAUUAAUAUCAAUAACUGAACAUUAAUGCGUACUAAACAGUAUGUAGGUUAGCUUAUUAUAAUUUAUAGAUAAAUAUUGAGCAUUUAUUCAGUUUAAACUAAAUUUGUGAUAUUUUUCCAGACAGCUAUUUUAAGAAUAACAAUUAUUAAAAAAAAAAUUCUGAUUGUAUAAUAUUUAUAAAGGUUGUUUUUAAUUCUUUGUAACAAAAGUUGUGAUAAUGUGAUAAGGCUGAGGGUAGAGUUCAUGUUGGAGGCUACUUCCUUUCGUAGUUUUAGUUUUACUGGUUGUGCCUGUUUAAUAAUUGUGUUUUAAUGCAUUUUUAUUUUGUUUGUAUUAUAUUAUUAGCAGUUUCCUUGUUACUGAUGGACACAAGUUUCAAUUUGUUUUAAUAUAUACACAGUUUGUUGGUGUGAAUAAUAUUUUAAUUUACCUUUUUAACCAGUUUAUAUUUUUAAUUACAUUUAUACUUCUGUAUAGAUGUAUCUUGGUUCCAAUUUUUCAAUUGGAUAUAAAAUAGUAUUGAGAUAUCGUUAUUUAAAUAUUGUUGUCUUUGGAGAUUAGGAUUCCUUACAUACAUUAUAGUGUUACUAAUUUACUUGUGUCUUCCCCAGAAAAAAAUCAAUAAAGAGAAAGGUAAAAAAAGAUGCUUACUAUAACUAUCUAUAGCAGUUUGUUAUAAGAAUAUAUUCACAUUUUUUACGAUUUCUGAGGUUAUAGUUUGGGACCCUAGAGUCAAUUUGAGUUGUAUGAAUAAACAAUAUAGUUUUUAUAAAAUCUGGAAGGAAUUUCAUCAAACAAGCAUCGACAACACUCCCAUAUUCACACCACCAACGGUAGAAUGGCUGACGGUCAAUUUGUUGUUAGAAAACAUUUCACAAUACUCUAGGUUGCAUGCAAAUGCAUUUACUUAUUCAAUGGUGAUACAAAUUGGCUCUCUGCUCUCAGACUCAGUUUAGUCUCUUAAGUGGUAUCCUAAUCCUAGAAUCCCAUGAGUUUUGUAGUGUACACAAGACUCAUAUAAAUUAUGCUGAUUUGCAACUAAGCAUCAAGGGCUGUUAUUCUGAAGGGAAUCUGCAUACUUGUCAUGAAUGUGAGACUGGUCCAAAAGGGAAAGUAGGACCAGAAAGGGAACAGGCUAGAAAAGUUUGUGAUCUCUUAGUAAGUUUACUCAGUUUUUAUGGCAGUUGUAUUUAACUUGAUUUCUUAGGUACAGUAUAGUGGGCAUUUUCUUUAUCUUACCUUCUCUUGCUUGUUUGUAUUUGUACAAAAGUAAUCAAAAAUUGUUUUAAAUAUUGGUAAACGUUUGGUACAAACUGAUUUCAAGCCAUCUUUACAGGACAAGAUAGGAUUAUAUAUGUACCUUAUCCCAACCGCUGCUAAAGUAACUAACUGAUUUAGUCAGCCUAAACGGUUUUUGAUAUUAUUGUCAUGUCGCAUUUAUGUCUUUGACACUGUAAAUAAAGAUGUUGUGUAUUUUCUCAUAAGAUUUUGUUGUUGUUUAAAUUUUAAAACAAUUUCAAUAUAAAGAGAAUUAGAUUUUAUUUAUUUGUGGAUGUAACUUUUAAGUUGUAAAUAAUUCUAAAGUAACUUUUUAUGCACUUAUUAGAAUGUGGCAACUAAAUAAAGAGGCUGUUUUGUGCA